AGUCGGACAACCCUCUUUCAUGGAUCCCAAGGGUUCAAAGCCGCAGCCGCCGCAAGAUGCGGUGGGACUGCCAAGCUUCUUGAACGCAAACCACAACAACAGCAGCAUCAUGAGUGAAACUAAUCAUAACAACAGCCCUACUCCUCCUCCUGCUGAGAUCAAAGACUUCCGGAUUUGUAUUGCAGACAAGCAAGAAAAUACUACUACUAGUGCUAAGAAGCCACACCAGUUGGCCCCAAAAAGAAGCUCCAACAAAGACAGACACACCAAAGUGGAAGGCAGAGGGAGGAGGAUAAGGAUGCCAGCCUUAUGCGCCGCCAGAAUUUUCCAGCUCACCAGAGAAUUGGGUCACAAAUCCGAUGGAGAAACAAUCCAAUGGCUGUUACAGCAGGCUGAACCAUCCAUUAUAGCCGCCACGGGGACGGGGACCAUACCGGCCUCCGCUCUAGCCGCUGCGGCCGCUGGAGCAGGGGGCUCUGUUUCCAUGUCAGCUGGGCUGCAUCCUCCAAAGAUCAGUGCUGAAUUGGGUGCACACCACCCCCCACACAUGGAUAUUGCCGGGUCAGGUCAAGGAGCGGGUAGCACCAGUGCUAGUAGGACCAAUUGGCCAAUGGUCGGUGGGAGUUUGUUACGAGCCCCCCAUAUGGGAAUGCCCACUACAACUGCAGGGAUAUGGCCCCCUACUUCUGCUUCUGGAGCUGUCAGUGGUUUCGGGUUCCAGUCAUCAUCCUCCCCUGCUCCAGCAGCCACCAGUUUGGGCACUGAAUGUUCAAAUUACCUACACAAGCUUGGGUUUCCUGGUUUUGACUUGCCAGCUGCAACUAACAACAUGGGUCCUAUGAGUUUCACCUCCAUCCUGGGGGCUGCUACUGACCAGCAGCAGCAGCUUCCUGGAUUGGAGCUGGGGCUAUCACAAGAUGGUCAUGUUGGGGUUUUGAACCCUCAAACCUUGAGCCAGAUUUAUCAGCAUAUGGGGCAGGCUCGAGCGCACCAGCAACAACGACAGCACCAAGACCAACAGCAACAGCAACCAUCUCCCAACGAUAAUUCUCAAGGUUCAGGACAGUAGUAGAUAGAUUUCUGCAGAGUAAACUAUCCUAAUGUAAAAAAGAACAUAAAUGGGAGGCCCCUCCAAAUUAAAGGGAAAGAGAAUACUGAUCUUUUUUGUGAAGCUAGAGGUCGUCUUUUUUUACUUCUUCUUCUUCUUUUAAAAAUAUAUGUAUAUGUAUAAAGAGCUGUUUCUGUAUCGUAUUACCCUGCAAGAAUAUGAACGCAGAUGUGGCUAAUAGCAUAGGUGGGAGUGCAUUUAGUUCCCCAGUCUUCUUCCUCCCGCAGCUUCACCCAAGUCUCGUGAUACAGGUGCUUGAGAUCAUUUACUUUUCUUUUAAGAAUUUUUUUCUGUAUAAAUCUGUAGAGCUUUUAGAUGAUGUUGUUAUCAGUAGUGAGGACUGUUGUAUAGCUGCUUGUGGUCUGGGAUGUGCAGGUUGGAAAAACUUUGGCGGCUAAUUAGUGGUCUUGUGUGGUUAGGAAAAGAUUGUUGUAUGCAUUUUGUUCUCCUUAGAUCUCCGUUGAGUGCUCCACUACUGCUAUACUGCUAAAACAGAAUUAAAUAGCCAUAUUUACCCUCUUCCUGUGUAAA